AUGCCUACAGUUCCAAUAAUUAACUUGCCCAAACUUGCAACCAAACCUCGAACACUCGUCCUGUGCUUUGAUGGUACAACUAAUUAUUUUGACGAAACGAAUACAAAUGUCGUAAAAUUAUUUAGUCUACUCAAGCGCGACAAUCAAGAAGAACAAAUGGUCUAUUACCAACCAGGCGUCGGAACUUAUACACCUCCUGGCAUCUUCUUGCCCAUCACUCUCAAGCUAACAAGGAUUGCCGAUCAAGCGAUCGCAUUAUAUCUGGACAAACAUGUAAUGGGCGGUUACGAAUUCUUGAUGAAGAAUUAUCGCGACGGGGAUAAAAUAUGCCUGUUUGGAUUCUCGCGUGGCGCAUACACCGCACGUGCUCUGGCAGGAAUGCUUUACAAAGUUGGACUUCUCCCUCCGACAAUGGACACGGUAUCAAGCGUUGGUGUACUAUUCCCCCGUCAUUUACCCUUCGCCAAAUCCAACCCAAUAGUGAAAACGUUCCGUCAUGCAGUAUCACUUGAUGAGCGUCGUGCAAAGUUCAAAGACCACCUCUGGCACGUUCAUUCUCCAGACGGCCAAUGUCACGGUGCAAAACACCCCACGACGCAAAAGCCCAAACUUGCCGCAGAUACGGAAAAACAUCUCACAGUACCCGUAUCCGCUCAAACAGCUUCACCGAUAGCGUCGUUUCAGCCUCUGCCUACGUUGACUGAGUCUAAGUGCGAGGGUACAGUGGAUAUUACUGUCACCGAACCAACACCUCCAACCGAUUGCAAAACUCCACUGAUUACUCCAAUUGAUCAACCUCCUCUUUGGCCCGGAGUAGAGACCGACACUUCUUCGAGUGAAAAUGAACAGCCAUCGGUCCCGGUUAAAAUAUCAUGGCAUUCGCAGGAGAAAACUCACAUCGAAGUGAAGGGCUCCGUAGUCGGGAGAGAAGAGCUGAGAGCUUUGGGUGCUCCAGACGUUAGCAAAGUGUAUACAGACAUCAAAAUCGUCAAAUCCGAGACCGGGUUCGGGUCUAUAGUUACUCCAACAGGCCCUGCAACGAUUAAAAAGACUCCAACCUUAAAGUUGUGGAACCAUAUAACGACCAAGGUAGGACGUCCAAAUCUUAGGAGGCUCUCGAGUGGAAUUUGUGAAUAUGAAGCUGCAAUGAUUACGAACGCGGAAUUCAAAACUCAUCAGCCUAGAAGUUGGGAACAAACCGAUGUGCUCGAAGUCUGGUUUGCUGGUGGCCAUAGUGAUGUGGUGGUGGAGCUGAAAAGACGGGAGGACAAACAAUUAUCGAACAUAUCUUCGCUGGAUGAUCCGUCAAUCAUAGCAUCUGGAUGCGAUAUCAAAUUCAAUGAUCAAGUCAUGAAUGCGUCGUCAGCAACCAAACAUUUCGAUAUGAACGUAUCCAUAUCUAAUGACAGAGUUGGUCUGUCAAGCACUCGGCCCAUGACCAAGGCGCAGAUCCAAGAAAUGAACGAUGCCCAAGCGAGAGCCCACGAUAAUUUGCGAAACCCGGCUUGGUGGCCAUUGGAGUUUAUACCUUUGUUCCGAACAUUUGUGAACUACCAAGGAGAUAGUCAGACCACAUUUAGGUUGAACCUCUUCAAGGGGCGUCAGCCACGUAUCCCCGAAGGAAAGAUCAAAGUCCAUAGGACGGUUGACUAUCGCAUAAAAAAUGUGGCCGGAUACAUGUAUAGGCCCGCAUCCCUAAGGAAGCCAUUGAAUGGGUUGAUUGAAGUAUUCCUUCGUUGA